AUGGCGGUUGUGGUAUCCAUCGCGGCGCAGGGAAACACGUACUUCUUCAGCGGCAUGGCGCCCGGCUUCGAAGGGAGGAGGAGGAGAUUGGCGGGAGGAAUGGAGAAUGAGAGGGAAGCCGGGGGAAGCGGGAGGAAACGGCGGGAAAAGGGCCUCCUCUCGCUGACAGAGCGGCCCCACGCCCCUUUUCGCUUAUGUCGGCGCCCUAGGCGACACCCGGGCGCUUGGAAUGCUCUAGAUCAAAGCGGUGGAAUAGGGAUCGCUAGGCUCGUUGGGCAGCCUUAUCUUUUGAGGAGGCAACCCCACUCGUUUCUGUCCCAGUUUUUCCCCCUUCGCAGAUUUUCCCCUUGUUCCGACUCCAGCAUCCAGCCUCCUCCAACCGCACCUAGAGAGGAGCUCGUCUGUGCCACAAGCCAGCCCAACUGCCGCCGCCCCUCUCCUCCUCUCUCAGCUUUUCCCUUAUCCUUCUUCACUCUCUAUAAUCUUUGUUUUGUCCAGGAAGAGAGUCGCGAAGGAACAACCCGUGGCACUACGGCCACCUUGGUCCUUGGAGGAGCUCGCCCCGCCGACGGGCCGGCCACCUCUCUGUUGGCCUCGUGCUCCUCCGUGUCGAUUCGAACAAUCCCGCACCCCCGUGGCCUUGGAGCUCUGCCCGCCUCCGACCGGCCGCCCCUCCGGCAGCCUCGGGCUCCUCCACCUCGAUUUGUCCGCCCCGUCGCUGGAUCCACGCUGGAGCAGCCGGAUUCGUCGCCCCGCCGCCUUGGAGCUCUGCCCGCCUCCGACCGGCCGCCUCUCCAUCGGCCUCAGGCUCCUCCGCCUCGAUAUGUCCGCCCUGUCGCCGGAUCCACGCCGGAGCAGCCAGAUUUGCCGCCCCUUGUCUGUGCUGCUGUCGGGAGGAGGAGGUCGCUCGAGAGGAGCGCCCGUUCGUCCGGGACGUGGGCCACGCAGCUGGCUCCACUCCUGCCGCAGAUUGAGAAGGUGUUUGGUAUAGCUGCGGCGCUCCGGUGGCCGGCCGGCGCGGGGAGGCUUGAGCGCGAGCCCGCGCGUGGAGGCGCUGUGUGCGGUCGGGCGACGGACGCCGGCAGAUGCAGGGUGUUUUUUGUGAAAACAGUUUCAUCAGAUUCACUUAAACAGGGAUUGCGGGUUGAAUUCUCCGAAACAGAGGGGCUUUUCUGUAAAAAUGCCAAUAACGUACUACAAAAACCCAAUUCUCUUUAUUAUUAGGUAAAGAUGUAAGUAUCAUAAUAUAAUUAAUACAUUUGAUGCAUGAAUUGAUGUGGAUUUUUGUUCCCA